AUGGCUAUCUGGUACACCCUUGGUGUUGCGUUUUUCGCCGCAAUCGGCACUUUCCUCUUCGGCUUUGAUACUGGAAUUGCGACCACAACAAUCGCCCACCAGAGCUGGAUUGAUUAUAUGAAGAAUCCUUCCGAUGGACUUACUGGGGCUGUGGUUGCUGUCUAUAUUGCUGGCGAAGCACUCGGUGCUCUUACGCAGACAGCUAUCGCCGAUAAAGUUGGUCGCCUACGUUUCAUGGAGCUGAUGUGUGUCAUUGUCACAAUCGGAACUACUAUCCAGACUGCUUCGGUCAAUAUUGGGAUGUUCCUUGCAGGCCGUGUAUUGGCCGGGUAUGCUGUGGGGGGAUUGGUUGCAACCGUACCCAUUUACUUGAGCGAGAUUUCUGACCCCCGUUAUCGCGGUCUCAUUGGUGGUAUCUCGGGAUGCGGGAUUUCCCUCGGUACUAUGGCUUCCAACUGGGUUGGAUACGCCUGCAGCUUUGCACCGUAUGGGCCAGUCCAAUGGCGACUUCCACUGGGAAUUCAGAUUCCAUGGGGUAUCAUUAUGUUCCUCGGGUUGAUCACCUUCAUGCCUAACUCGCCGCGUCACUUGAUUCGAAGUGGGAAGGUUGAGCAAGCACGCGAUGAGUUCAAACGAAUUCGGAGGGACUUGCGUCCUGAUGAAAUGCAUCGUGAGUUCGAGAUUAUGGCUGUGCAGAUCGAAUACGAGAUGGAGCGGGAGAUCACAUCGUACAAGGAGAUAUUCAAACUCUUUAGACACCGUGUGCUAGUAUCAAUCGCAGUCCAGACUAUGACAAGUCUUACCGGUGUGAACGUGAUCCAGUACUAUCAGACAAUUCUAUACAAAUCACUAGGCAUAGACUCUCACACCAUCCUCGCUCUAGCCGCAGUCUACGGUACCAUAGCCUUCCUUGUUAACUGCCUGACGACGAAAUACCUCACUGACCAAUGGGGCCGUCGAAAGAUGCUCCUCUCAGGUCUAGCAGGAAUUAUAGUCAUCGAAAUAUACGCCGCAGUCAUGCAACGAGAGUUCCAGAAUACAGACAACCAAGUUGGAAAGGGUUUCGCCGUCCUAGGCAUCUAUCUCUUCGUCGUAGCCUAUUACGGAAUGCUAAACAGCACAACCUGGCUCUACGGCGCCGAAGUCCUCCCUAUCUCCCUCAGAAGCAAAGUAAUGGGUCUAGCAGCUGCAUCGCACUUUAUCGUCAAUGUUGCAAUCACCGAAGCUGGACCAAGUGCGUUUGCUAAUAUCGGGGAGAAUUAUUAUUAUGUUUUCGUGGCUUGUUCGGCUUUCUUCCUAGUUGUGGCUUAUUUUUACUUUCCGGAGACCAAGCAGAAGACGCUCGAGGAAAUUGCUGCCUCGUUUGGUGAUAAGGUUGUUGCACCUGGGGAGAAUAGUAAGGAUGGGGAUGAUGGGGAUGACGCUGGAAAGCCUACAUCUGAACGGGUGGAAGUUGCUUGA